CAAAUAGUAAUCGCGUAAUCGUCGUCUCAGCAGCCAUUCGCCGAUUCCCCCGUGAUCGUGGGUGAUAUGUGCGCGUCGCGAUACGCACUUCCCGUGUUCGUUGUCGCGCGCGUUACCGCGACGCGGUAGCGACCCGUAUAUCUAUAUCGCGUAUGUGUGUGUACACCGUGACCCACUUGUUGCGUCUAGGUUAUGGACGUAUAAACAAAAAUAUGCUGCGCACAAUAGACGCGUCCGUCGAUCUCGCGAACCGCAAUCGUUGGUCGUGAGCUAAGUGCUAACCGGCGUGAGGGUAUGGAUACGGGCCCGGGGCUGAGCCUGUUUCAGGGCUCGAACAGCAUACAACUGAAUACGCAGAGGCUCGAGGAAGAUGAAGAACAAGAGGAUAAGAAGCGACGCGAAGAGGAGAUCAAGAAUCUUAUGACAACUGCAUUUAAUGAUCUGGAAAAUGAUGAUGAUGCCAGUUCUAUUGAGAGUAGUCAUGAUGACAGUACUAGGGAGACAGAUUAUACAAAUACAGUAGUUGACUCUGCUAUGGAAUUGAUUACACCUCAAGGUCAUAUAGAACAACAGAAAGAAUUUGACACAUACGAUGCAGUAAUUCCAAACAAUAUGAUAACCAAUCAUAGAUUGGACACUCAAAAUGAUAUGGAAUUUUAUAGACAAACGGAAACACCGUAUAAUAAAAAUAAUAGUACGAAUGAGAGCACAGUGCUUGAAACACCAUUUGAAUUAGCAAAACCACCUGGUGGAUACAUUCGCAAAGUGCAUCCGCAGUUGGUAGAAGAACGUAUGUUAAAUGAAAAUGAUACUUACAAUUAUAAACAGACACCAUCAAACCAUUAUAAUACUCAUAUACCUGCUAAAUACUCAAAUAAUGGUUUUACCGACACGUACGAGAAUAAUGUACAAAAUAGCACCCAUGAGUUUGGUGGCAUUUCAGAUCAUAUGAAUCAUUGCUACAAGACUAGUCCAAAUGGCACGCCGCUAAAUGACGAUGUAGCAUAUAAAACAGCAGAGUAUAACAGCAAAGAGCAAUUGGAAGUAUUAUACAUGGUCAGAAUGAAAGAAAUUAACCGCUUAACAGAACAAAUGCAACAAUUGCAGUCUGAAAAAGAUCAAAUGACCAGGAAAUUGAUGAUGCUGGAAGCAGAUGUUGACAGGGCAAAUAUAUCAAGGGAUCAAGCACAGCUUGCACUCGUUGACGCUAAGGCUGAAAUAAAUGAUCUGCAAAACCAAAUAAAAUCUUUAGAAGACAAAAAUGCAGUUUUGGAAAAAACAAAUCAAAACAUAACGCAAGACUUAAAUGUUGCAAGAGGUUCUGUCAACGAUCUGCAACAAAAAAUUGUUGUAUUAGAAAGAAUACAAGCAUUACAGACAACUGACAAGACGCAUGAGAAGUUUCUGAAACAAGUUCAGGAAAAACAUGCAGUUGAAAUGCAGAAUAUGCAGACUCAGAUAGAUCAACUUACAGAAAAAUUAAACGCGAAGCUGCUCAAUAUGGACAUCAGCAACAAUAGCAAUAAUUGGGAAAUGUCAUAUAUUGGUCUUGAGCGUAAACUGACUGAUGAACGAAGAGCCAACGAGAUUCUCAUAGUACAGAAAGGUGAUACUAUGAAUCGUUUGGCCCAAGUUUUGGAAGAAAGUCAGGCUCAAUGUCGCAAUCUCAUGGCCCAAAACGACCCUCAGCAAGUGAUACAGUUGCAAGCACAAGUAAAAAAAUUAACUCAACAAAAAGACGAGUUGCACAGACAUGUACAAGAGCUGCAGAAUAAACUGGAGCUGGCUAAAAGUGACGUAACGCAAUACGAUUCGUUACUAGCUACGACUUUGGAGAACGAAUCUGACUCAAUGAGACAGAUGAAGUUCGAAGAACAUAAAUCCAAAUGGAAAUGUGACGACAGUACAAAUAAAUUGAGAAGUGAACUGUACAAAUGUAUGGCUAACCAUGCUGAUAAGAGAAAAGAAAUAAAUCGUCUGGAAAAUACUUUGUCGCAGAAAGAAAUAGAGUUGAACGCAGCUCAACAAGAAGCGAAGCGAUACGCCAACCGAGUUAACGAACUGGAAGAGGAAUUAAAAUCUGUAUUAACGGAUCAAGCUAGAAAAGCGGAAGCUAAAAUAAAAAAAUUAUCGGAUCAUUUGACUGAUGUAAAAAGACAAUGCGAAUCGUUGCGCAAUGAGAAAAUUAAUGUGGAAAAAAAAUUGGAGGAAGCUUUAUCUGUUAACGAGGAAAAACUUAAAAAAGUACAUCAAGAGACUAUGGAACAGCAAGAAAAAGAAGUUAUUAGCGAGUACAAUAAAGAGUACUUAGAAAUUCACGCUCAAGCUAUAGAAAGAGUGAAACAAGAGUCACAAAAAGAAAUACUACAAUUAUCAGUACAAUUGGAACAAACUCAAAAAGAGUUACAGCGCGUGAAAGAAAUGUAUAUAGAUGUUUGUGGAACAAAGGAACACUUAAUAACCGAGCACAAACACGAAAUCAAAAUGAUGAAGGAAAAAUAUGCUUCGAUAGAAUUGCAUCAGAAGGAUAUUGAAAAAUUACAGAUUGACUUGGAAACGCAAAUUCAAUUACGUAAUAAGCUGGUGAAAGAAUGCGAGGACUAUAAAAAUAAAAUAAUCGAGUUGGAAAAAAAUCUGACAUAUGAGAAACGGAAAAAAGAAGAUUAUACAAAAAAGAUAUAUUUUGAAAUAGAAAGGGCUAAAGAAGAAGCUUUGCGCGAAUUAAGAAAUGCGUAUCCCAAUCAAGAGAUAAGUGUUCUUUUGCCGGACCAUUGUUCCGAGCACUUGGAAAAGAUUCAUCAGUUAGAAGAAGAUUGUAAACGUUUGGAAGAAAAGCUUCAAAUCGCCGUAGAAGAACAGAAGAAGUUAUCGGAAUAUCAAACGGAAUUGAAUGACGCUAAAAUAACAAUAGCGCAAAUGGAGAUUUCUCAGGAAACAUAUAAACAAAAAUAUGAAAAAGUCGUUGGUGAGAAAAAGAUUCUUCUUAGCAAAGUUUCCAAAUUAAACUCAGAAGUAUCUAAUAUGAAACGUACCGCAAAAUUAGAAGGAUCAGAUGAUGUAAAAUUAAAAGUCGUUCAGCUACAAACAGAAAACGAAACAUUGAAAAGUCAAUGCAACGAUCUUCUCGAUGAGAAAGACAAGUGUGAGAAGAAAAUUUUUGAAUUGGAAACGGAAUUGUUUAACGUGAAGAAAAAAAGCAACAGCCUUGAAGAAAAGUUACGGAGAAGUGAUGAGGUAGUGUUAAAUUUGAAGAGCGAAUUUGAGAAAGAACUCUCUCAUUAUAAGGAUUUUAUUGUGCAAUUAUCCAAACAGAGUAACUCGAAGGAAGGAAACGAAUCGGUUGUGUCGGAGAAGAGAAUAUUACAACUUCUCGAGCAGGAGUUACGAGACAAAGACGAGAAACUGAGCAGGUUGGUGACAGACUUUGAAAAAAUCAAAGAUGAGAGAGACACGCUGCUUGUAAAAUUGCAAAAUCAAGCCAAGCAAUUCGAACAAUAUGUCAAUAGCCAGCACAAAUUGUCGGCGGAACUGAAUCUGUCUCCUCGUAAUACAGGCGAUUUCGCCGGUACAGAUUUCCAGAAGAUGAAAGAAAGUAUUGCAAAAGAAAUGCGAGAAGAAAUGGAGAAAAAAGUAACGAAGGAGCUUAGAAGAAUUGAAGAGCAGAAGAAAAAAGAACUGGAGCAAAAAUAUCAGGCAAGAUAUAAUGAGAAAUAUAAUGAGAUAAAAGAUUUGGAAAAGGCCAUAAUAACAGAGAAGAUGAAAGUUAACGAGAUCAGCCAAAUCAGUCAACUACUAAGUAAACAACUGGAAAUUCGCGAUCAAGAGCUGCAAGCACAGAAAUCAAAGAUCGAAGAACUGGAAAAAAAUUUGAGGGAAAAAGAAAACGAAGCUGACGUGGAUAAAAACUCGAUGACCCAAAUGAUGACUAAAUGGAUAACUGAGCUUAAAGAGAUCAAAACUAAGGAGGAAGAAAAAGACAAGGAAAUAAUAAAACUAAAAGAGGAAAAAGACAGGGAAAUAGAGAAACUGAAGUCUGCUAGACAGAAAUUGAGCAACGAAAUCGUGGCACUGAAAAAUAUCGAGAAACAUCUGAAGAGUAAUUUAAAUUUUUUGAAACACAAGUAUAAAGAAGCGAAGCUCACCGCAUCCAAUUACAAGAAUCUCUCAACAAAGAAAGGAGAAUUUUUUUCGGAUGAAAUUAAACGUGUGAGGGAAGAAUACAAAAAGAUCAUGGAGCAAGCUCAACAAAAUUGUCGGAAUUACGACGAAGAAUACGCUGCACAAAGCAAAAAAUCCGAAGAUCGUUUCGCCGAAAAAGCAAAACAAUGUGAACAUUAUAGCCUGAAGUACAAAGAGAAAUCUUGAAGUACGCGCAUACUUCCAAGUAUUUUCUAAAUAUGUAAUAUAACUUCUCAGAUAAGAUAAGAUAAAAAUAAGUUAAGAUACAAUAGUUACAGAGAGGCUAGAUAUCUUUUCUUGUUCUUAACUGUAAUUCUGAAUUCAUGUUUUUUUUGUCCUCUCAAAAAUUAUUAAAAUCAAAUUAUGUAAUUUUUUUUUUUUUAACAACGGGACAUUAUUAUAGACACUUGAAAGAACAUGCCAGUUUUGCAAAAUUUUUUUAAUAUGUUAAAAUUAAAAAAAAAAAAGCAUGUAAGAUUCAAGGUUUUUUUAGGGUGUCAAAAAUAUGGUUCAGAAUUAGGGUUAAGUUCAAGCGUUAUUGUACAACAUUUUCUCUUUUAGUCUUACGUCAUAAUAUAUUAAUAUAAAGAUAAGUGAAAAUCUAGUACAAUUAUUA